AGUAGCCAGACAUGAGCUGUGAGGGUCAAGCACAGCUAUCCAUCAGAUGAUCUACUUUCAGCCUUCCUGAGUCCCAGACAAUAGAAGACAGGUGGCUCUACCCUUGGCCAAGGGUAGGUGUGGCAGUGGUGUCUGCUGUCACUGUGCCCUCAUUGGCCCCCAGCAAUCAGACUCAACAGACGGAGCAACUGCCAUCCGAGGCUCCUGAACCAGGGCCAUUCACCAGGAGCAUGGGGCUCCCUGAUGUCCAGCUCUGGCUGGUGCUGCUGUGGGCACUGGUGCGAGCACAGGGGACAGGGUCUGUGUGUCCCUCCUGUGGGGGCUCCAAACUGGCACCCCAAGCAGAACGAGCUCUGGUGCUGGAGCUAGCCAAGCAGCAAAUCCUGGAUGGGUUGCACCUGACCAGUCGUCCCAGAAUAACUCAUCCUCCACCCCAGGCAGCGCUGACCAGAGCCCUCCGGAGACUACAGCCAGGGAGUGUGGCUCCAGGGAAUGGGGAGGAGGUCAUCAGCUUUGCUACUGUCACAGACUCCACUUCAGCCUACAGCUCCCUGCUCACUUUUCACCUGUCCACUCCUCGGUCCCACCACCUGUACCAUGCCCGCCUGUGGCUGCACGUGCUCCCCACCCUUCCUGGCACUCUUUGCUUGAGGAUCUUCCGAUGGGGACCAAGGAGGAGGCGCCCAGGGUCCCGCACCCUCCUGGCUGAGCACCACAUCACCAACCUGGGCUGGCAUGCCUUAACUCUGCCCUCUAGCGGCUUGAGGGAUGAGAAGUCUGGUGUCCUGAAACUGCAACUAGACUGCAGACCCCUAGAAGGCAACAGCACAGUUACUGGACAACCAAGGCGGCUCGUGGACACAGCAGGACACCAGCAGCCCUUCCUAGAGCUUAAGAUCCGAGCCAAUGAGCCUGGAGCAGGCCGGGCCAGGAGGAGGACCCCCACCUGUGAGCCUGCGACCCCCUUAUGUUGCAGGCGAGACCAUUACGUAGACUUCCAGGAACUGGGAUGGCGGGACUGGAUACUGCAGCCCGAGGGGUACCAGCUGAAUUACUGCAGUGGGCAGUGCCCUCCCCACCUGGCUGGCAGCCCAGGCAUUGCUGCCUCUUUCCAUUCUGCCGUCUUCAGCCUCCUCAAAGCCAACAAUCCUUGGCCUGCCAGUACCUCUUGUUGUGUCCCUACUGCCCGAAGGCCCCUCUCUCUCCUCUACCUGGAUCAUAAUGGCAAUGUGGUCAAGACGGAUGUGCCAGAUAUGGUGGUGGAGGCCUGUGGCUGCAGCUAGCAAGAGGACCUGGGGCUUUGGAGUGAAGAGACCAAGAUGAAGUUUCCCAGGCACAGGGCAUCUGUGACUGGAGGCAUCAGAUUCCUGAUCCACACCCCAACCCAACAACCACCUGGCAAUAUGACUCACUUGACCCCUAUGGGACCCAAAUGGGCACUUUCUUGUCUGAGACUCUGGCUUGUUCCAGGUUGGCUGAUGUGUUGGGAGAUGGGUAAAGCGUUUCUUCUAAAGGGGUCUACCCAGAAAGCAUGAUUUCCUGCCCUAAGUCCUGUGAGAAGAUGUCAGAGACUAGGGAGGGAGGGAGGGAAGGCAGAGAAAAAUUACUUAGCCUCUCCCAAGAUGAGAAAGUCCCCAAGUGAGGGGAGGAGGAAGCAGAUAGAUGGUCCAGCAGACUUGAAGCAGGGUAAGCAGGCUGGCCCAGGGUAAGGGCUGUUGAGGUACCUUAAGGGAGGGUCAAGAAGGAGAUGGGCAAGGCACUGAGGGAGGAUGCUUAGGGUACCCCCAGAAACAGGAGUCAGGAAAAUGAGGCACUAAGCCUAAGAAGUUCCCUGGUUUUUCCCAGGGGACAGGACCCACUGGGAGACAAGCAUUUAUACUUUCUUUCUUCUUUUUCUUUUUAUUUUUUUGAGACAGAGUCUCGCUCUGUCACCAGGCUGGAGUGCAGUGGCACGAUCUUGGCUCACUGCAACCUCCGUCCCCUGGGUUCAAGUGAUUCUUCUGCCUCAGCCUCCCGAGUAGCUGGGAUUACAGGCGCCCACUAAUUUUUGUAUUCUUAAUAGAGACGAGGUUUCAACAUGUUGGCCAGGAUGGUCUCGAUCUCUUGACCUCUUGAUCCACCCGACUUGGCCUCCCAAAGUGAUGAGAUUACAGGCGUGAGCCACCGCGCCCGGCUUAUACUUUCUUAAUAAAAAGGAAAAAGAAAAUCAACAAAUGUGAGUCAUAAAGAAGGGUUCGGGUGAUAGUCCAGAGCAACAGUUCUCCAAGUGUACUCUGUAGGCUUCUGGGAGGUCCCUUUUCAGUGGUGUCCACAACGUCAAAGCUAUUUUCAUAAUAAUACUAACAUGUUAUUUGCCUUUUGAAUUCUCAUUAUCUUAAAAUUGUACAGUGGAGUUUUCCAGAGGCCGUGUGACAUGUGAUUACAUCAUCUUUCUGACAUCAUUGUUAAUGGAAUGUGUGCUUGUAUGGUCUUGUGUUACAGU